AAGCGGUUGGGGUAAUUGAGAAGGGAAAAUAGUUUUUCAAUUUCUUUAACAAAAAAAUUUCCCAAUUAGAAGAAGAAAGAGAUUUUCCCAAUUGUAAUAUUAGGCAGCUUCACAGCUCUCCAGCUUUCUUUCUGUCUCUUUAUCUGCCGUGAAAAAUUGUAAGCUCUCUCUCCGAUCUCCCUUUCAAGCCUUGCCAUCUGGGUCCUCUGAAUUGUGGAAGCAACGGGAGGGAAAGAAGAUAGUGAAAACCAGAGUGAAGGAUUGAAAAUGAGUUCUCAAGCUUUGCAAGCAGCUAAGGUGUAUCGUGACCUUCUCAGGGCUGUCAAGAAGCAUAUUGGAAAGGAAGACUACAAGAAGCACUUUAGUGAGUACAUAACAGAAGAGUUCCAGAAGAACCAUAAACUUUCAGACCCUUCAUUAAUAAGACAGAAGAUCAAGAUUGCCAGUGAUUACACUUUUCUACUUAACAGCAUCCAUCAUCACAAGGAACUCUUGUUCUCUUACAACAUAGCUGUUGAUAGAUCAGAAGAAAUGAAAAGAAUACUCGGAAAAUCCGCUGCAAGUGUUGGCCUUCAGCUGCCUGAGGCUUAUCAACCAUGAUAGCCUGUGGUCGUCAUCAUCUUCUUCAUCCCUUUGCCUUCAGGGGAAAUUCUAUCUCCUUCAUGCUACUAUUUUUAUUCUAUAAUAACCUUGUUAUUGAUACAUUUUGAUUUAGUUCCUUUUUCUGCCAACCAAACCAAUUGAAACCAAUGUUCCACAGACUUGUAGGGUUUUGUGAUUGAAAUAAAAGUAUUUAAUGUCACUUGGACAAGCCUUUAGGUGAUGAAGGAAUUCAAUUGUUUGUGUUAAAGAAAACUAUGAAUGAUCUCUCUACUUUUGACGUCUUGUAAUUUUACAUCUAGCCUAUGAUAAGAACCAGAAAUAAGCCCAAGAGCCCCAUGUAGGUAGGUCGUAUAGAGGCCCAUUAACGUGAAGUCCAAGUUAGGAAUUUGGUACUGGUCAAAGGAAAACACUAGAAAAUCGCUUGAAUUUCAUACGUGUCAAAUACACAUUGAAGUGGCACUCUGGGAGUUCCUCUCCCCAUGGCACCUGUCCCCUUCCUACGUAACCAUAUGUUCAUGCACCCAAAGCUAAACACUUUCUCUUCUUUUAAACUCAUCAUCAGUACAGUUUUCUUCCAAAUCUGCUCUUUCAGUACUCUUUAUAUCAAUUUUAUUAAAUUAGGACAGCUUCUACAUUAUGGGUUCAGCAACUUUCCUUGAAGUAAUUCUGGCAAUUCUGGUGCCUCCUGUUGGGGUCUUUCUGCGAUAUGGUUGCGGAGUGGAGUUCUGGAUAGAUCUGUUGCUGACAAUUCUGGGUUACA